AUUUCCAUUGUGUCAACAUCACGAGCAUCCUCAAUUCCAAUUUUAUCAACACCCACAACAACGCGCCCGUCGUAUCACCAACCCCCGCGAAACCCAUUCCUUUUUUCGUAAUCCUGCGCGUUUUCAACUGACCAUCAUCUACGCUUCCGGUCGCGCCUCGCUCUCCCUCGCCAUGGAAGACUCCCCCGUCAAAACCGAGGGCGCCUCUCGCCAUCGCGCUGGCUACAAGUCAUGGAAGAAGAAGUAUAGAAAGAUGCGCAUCGUAUUCGAUCAGAAGAUGCACGAUGGAGAGGAGCUACACAAGCAAGAGGACAAGGCUGCGGCGCUCGUCAAGCGCUUGGCUGUAGAGAAUGAUCGUCUACUGGAUCUAUUACUCGAUAUCAACAACUCCCCGCAGAUUCCUCCCGAGAAGCAGGUCGAGGUAUCCCUUCAGCCUUCAUCAGAUUCCAAAGCGCCUGUCCUGCCCCUGGAUGAAGAAUACGAACUGCGCAAAGACACCCCAAGAAAAAGACUCGAAGAUCUCGUUAGCAGUGUUCCGCAUUCAACAUACAGCACUGCCAAGGAGUCACUACCGCAGAUCGUCAGCGAACUCAAGGCCCCAGAGGGCGAAGCUUUCCCAGCCGACUUCCUAUCCGCCGAUGACAUCGACAACUACAUCUACGAUAUCGACAUGGCUCUCGAUAACGGUUCCCAACAUCUCCCCACGCUCGCCCCUCGCGCCCAUCCAGGCAAUCAUCAACAAUCACACCCGCAUCUCAAGAAUCCUACUAGUGUAACGAAUUGGCUGCGUAAACAUGCCCCCAAGAUAUUCCUCCAGGACGGCGAGGCACACGGUGAUGCAGAUGAUAACGAGGGUGGCCAUACCGGUGGGCGCAAGACGCGCGGAUCACGAGGCGAGCGUGGUGGAAGGGCGAGCACCAGGGGCAAGCGCGUCAGCGCAGCCGCUCGCGCAGUCGCAGCAGACCGCGACGUUGAUGUCAGCAUGGACGAGGAGCCAGAUGUUGCCUCAACGCCCAUCAGCCGUGGCAAGCGCAAGAGGAAUAACGAAGACGACACUGGAUACAAGCCCCGCGGCUCAUCGACAAGGCCGACGAAGAAGAAGCGUAAGAGCGAAGCAGAGGGGACACCCAGUGCGCGCAAGCCAAAGAAGGAGAAGGAGGCUUCUGCCGCCCAAGCCGACUAGAUCCGGACGGUCUUUGGAGGAUCUCACUCAGAGCGAGAAUAGCCGCUCUCCUGUAUGAGCUCACACCAUGACAUGUAUUACUAUCGAAAUCAAGAAUGAAGCUUCACGGAUAUCCAUAUGUACGCAACACCCAAACCCCGGUACCAUAAUUGUAUGCCUCUACAACCUUGGCCCUCCUUCCGGCUAACCGAGGGCCGUAUCGAUCGGGACGACUUGGGUCUACGGGUACCAUUUUCAUUCUGUUCAUUUUUCACACUUUCAGCCCUCGUUACACGAUCCAUUUCCUUAUGUGUACACGUGUGGGCUUAAGCCUCGGCAUUCUUCCGUCUCCCAGCAUGGGGGACAGACAGACGGGGGCUGGGGUUUCUUUUUUGGAAGGGAGGGGAAGGGGGAAAUAGGGAGUUCUCUGCUACUGAUGUUUCUUUUUUUCUCAAUCAGGGAAUUAUUUUGGAGAUUGGGUGUCGGUUACGCUAGCUACGGACAACUACCGAGGUUUGAUAGCAAGCAAAAUGAAAAAAAGAGGCGUUGUGAGGAAGCGACCACCUUGGAAGAGCAACUGUGCGAUGAUGUACUGUGUAUCAUACAUGUGAGAAACUGAGGUGCAGGGAUAACCAGACCCAAUAGAUUUGCUUUAAGAUUGAAAGCUCGU